UUCCAGAGUCUGAGACCCAAACACGAGCAUAAUUCCAAACAAUCAAUCAAUAAUAAUAAAAUAAGGAAACACACAGAGCGAUCGAAAUUGGCGCCCCUUUUUUCUUUCGCAUUCUCUCUUUCUCUCUCUCUUUGAUUCCGUUUGAAGAAGAAAACUAAGCACGAGUAGUAAAAAGUAUCGCUUUUUCUGUGAUUCGCAGCGGUUAAAAUUCGCCAUGUCAUUGCGCAGACGGACCUUGCUGAAGGUCAUCGUUCUCGGCGACAGUGGGGUUGGCAAGACGUCGUUGAUGAACCAAUAUGUGCAUAAGAGGUUCAGUCAGCAGUAUAAAGCUACAAUAGGUGCAGACUUUGUCACCAAAGAACUCCAAAUUGAUGACAGGCUUGUUACCCUACAGAUAUGGGACACGGCUGGGCAGGAGAGAUUUCAAAGUCUUGGAGUUGCGUUCUAUAGAGGGGCAGAUUGCUGUGUUCUAGUUUAUGAUGUUAAUGUAAUGAAGUCCUUUGAUACUCUUGAUAACUGGCACGAGGAGUUUCUCAAGCAGGCCAACCCUGCUGAUCCCAAGACAUUUCCGUUUAUAUUGCUUGGUAACAAGAUUGAUAUCGAUGGUGGGAAUAGUCGUGUGGUUUCUGAGAAGAAAGCAAAGGACUGGUGCGCAUCAAAGGGGAACAUACCUUACUUUGAGACAUCAGCAAAAGAAGAUUACAAUGUUGACGCAGCAUUCCUUUGUAUUGCCAAGACUGCUCUUGCAAAUGAACAUGAGCAGGACAUAUAUUUCCAGGGCAUCCCGGAUGCUGUUUCAGAGUCUGAUCAAAGAGGUGGUUGUGCAUGCUGAAUUUAUUCAAGCAACUCACCUCUAAUGCUUGGUUGCUUAAUUUUCAAUUUUGUGCUCCUGAUUCAUAGCCAUUGUUUUGUACACGUUGUAUACCAAGUCAUUGCUGUUAUAGCCAUGCUUGACUUUUGCCAGUUUGAGGAAGGUAGCUCUGUUUUGGUUAGAUGAACUUCAAGGAUACCCAAAUUGAAAGAACUCAUUUCGGAUUGAUCUACUUCAUGGAAGUGAUCAACUAAAUUGUCGAGAGUGGCUUGUGUAAUCAAUGACUGAUUUUUUCAGGUCAUAUUGAGCCAACUUGUAGAUAUUCAUGUUCUCAUUAAACAAUUUGGCUAUUUUUUCCUUUUU